AUGGAUUCCGAACAGCUUCCUAUCUCCGAGAAGCGGCUUCUCAACGCCCCAGUGGAAACGCUAUCAUGGAGCAGGUUGACAGUCACUGUCAAGGAGGGCAAGACCGGCCAGCCCAAGACGCUAGUCGACAAUGUCGAGGGAAUCAUGCAAGCUGGUGAAUGCUGCGCUGUCAUGGGCCCAUCGGGGUGCGGCAAGACCACGUUCCUGAACGUGCUCGCACAACGCCCCAUCAAGGCAGCCCACGUUACGGGGCAGGUCCUUGUGAACGGUGCUGAGCUGCCGAUCCACGUCUUCCGCCACGUCACGUCGUUCGCCCAGGACCACGACAUCUUCAUCGGUGCACUGAACGUGAGAGAGACGCUCCACUUCGCCUCGCGUCUCGCGGGCGUCCCUCGUGGGGGAGAGGCGGAAGCCGAAGCGCGCAUCGACACGCUGCUGGAAUCCUUUGGUCUCGUGCGCUUGACGACAUUGCGCGUGGGGACCGGCAUAUCACACGGCCAGAAGCGACGCCUGACCGUGGCCAAGCAACUCGUCACAGGUCCCGGCAUCCUCUUUCUUGACGAGCCCACGAGCGGCCUCGAUUCGGUGGCCAGCUGCCACGUCGUCAGCUACCUAAAGCAGCUUGCAAAGCGAACCGGCCUGAUCGUCCUGGUCGACUACUACGCCAGCAUCGGCGUGACCGUCCCGGAGCGGGCCAACCCAGCCGACUUCCUGCUCGAAUUGGUCAACACGGAUUUCUCCCAAGCCCAAAACGACGCCGCGGCGUCGGAGCGCGAGCGCGUGGCCGAGCUCGCGUCGCGCUGGGACAGCUCUGUCUUGCGCCAACAGACCGCUGCCGCGGUUACCGCGUCGGUCAAGCCCGCGCUGGGACUCGCUCCCCUUGGCGCCGGAUCCAAACCCCCCUUUCUGGCCCGCCUGGCGGUGCUCACCCACCGCAGCUUCAUCAAGUCGUACCGUGAUGGCUUGGCGUACACCUUGCGGCUGGCCAUGUACGCGGCGUUGGGUUUGCUGGCGGGCACCGUCUGGCUGCAGAUGGACCGCGACCAGGACUCGAUCCAGCUGCUGGUCAACGCUUUGGUGGUGAGUUGUGGCUUCAUGUCGUUCAUGGCUGUGACGUACGUCCCCGCCUUCAUCGAGGACUAUCGUCAGUUUCGUCUGGACCGCCGGAAUGGGCUGUAUGGUCCUGGUUCGUUUUUGGUGUCCAAUUUUGUCGUGGGGAUCCCCUAUCUGUUUCUCUUUUCCGCCGCCUUUUCUGUUUUGUUCUACUGGCUGGGGGGUUGCCGCCAGUCUGCCAGUGCCUUUUUCACUUGGGUGUUGUGGCUGUACCUGAACCUACUGGCCGCUGAAGGAAUAGUCAUCCUGUCUGUUGCCAUCAUUCCCAACUUUGUUGGCGCCCUAGUGAUCACGGCCUUGUUAAACGUCAUCGCCUUCGCAACUGCGGGUACCUUGGUGCCGCCGGCGCAACUGAACGCGUUCUACAAGUACGCCUUUUACUACUGGAACUCGCAGGGCUACGUCUUCCAAGACCAAUGUCACAUUGCCGGGGAAACGGUGUUGGAUCAGUACGGGGUCAGUACGGCAGACCAGGGGCGAAAUGUUGGCAUCGUGGUGGCCAUUAUUUUGGGUUACAGGUUAGCUGCUUGGGUCUUGCUGAAGAUGCGGCGGUAG